CCAUAUUUGAUUACCCUUCCGAACUAUUUCACUCGCACCAGACGCACGAAGUGGGUGUGUUCAACCGCGGUCUCUGUCCAGUGAUACCUGAGCUAACUCAGACAAACGCUUCAUAGCUCGUCAUCAGAGAAGGGAAUAAGCAAUGGCACAGGAACAAAAGAACAAAGGGGCAAGUCGACUGACAAAGGACGAGGAGGACGCCCUUAAGCAAUUCUUGCUGCAUGACAUGGAUCGCAAUGGUACUGUCACUGCUCAGGAAAUCAUCGAUUUCAUGGAGGCUAUGGGUGCCGAGCUAUCUGACGAAGAAACAAAGGAAAGGCGUGAUUGGGUCAAGUUAAUCGACACUAACGAAGAUGGAGCCGUGAGUGUAGAGGAAUUCAUCGCCAUGAUGGAAAGGAACAAAAUGGUGGAUUCACCGCUUGAACUCUUCAAGUUUUUGACAAGGAUGGUAGCGGCUUUCUCAAUAAGGAGGAAAUCCGCCAGGCCAUGAAAGAAAUGGGCUCGGACCAGAGCGACAGCGAAUUGGAUUUCAUGAUGAAGGAAUAUGACACUGACGGAG